AUGGUCAGGGUUGGUGGCCGCGCCUAUGUCUCACGCUGCCAGGAGUGUCGAAGACGCAAAGUCAAGUGUGAUGGCCAGCAACCUGCAUGUCAGCGUUGCAUCGAUACCGGUUCAUCAUGCGGAGGCUAUGAACGCGCCGUUGACUAUGUGCACUUUGAUGGCACACAUAGUUAUAGAACUAAGAAGCUGGGAAAGUCGGAGAAUGUCUCACUCCGUCCAAAGCAGGCCCAGAAGUCUCCAGCAGAGCGUUCCGUGCGGAAUAGAGCGGCUGCACUGAAACGGAGAGAUGCCCCAGAACAAAAACUUCCCAUUGGAAUAGAGGCGAAUGGAAUCAUCGCCCCUUGGAUUGAUGAGUCCUUUGGUGUUGCUCAAUACUAA